GGGUGGCGAGACUCUUCUGCAAUGAUAAUCUCGAUUAGUCGAGGAGGGGGUGGAACAGAUGAUAUGCUUUGCAAGUCCUUGCAUAAUUGCAUUAUUUCGAUUAAUUCUGCGCUUCUAGCAGAAGAGCGGGGGGGUGGGAAUUCUCUUGGCUGGAACCUGCGAAGCAGCGCGGCUGAAUUGCAUCCAGUCUCGCCCUUAUCCUGGUCACCCGCAGUGGCCAAACCACUAUAAUUUUCCGACUCCAGCUAUUAGCUGAUAUAGAUCAACGUUUCUCAAACUUGAUUUUAAGACACGUGGACUUCAUCUCUCAGAAUUCCUCCUGCUGGCUAGGGAAUUCUGGGAGAUGAAGUCCACAUGCCUCAAAGUAGCCAAGUUUCAGAAACACCUUUUUUUUAACUGGAGUGGGGGAGCUUUAUUUGCCCAUGUGAUGGCAGCAAUUGAUCUGGUCUGCCCUCAGUUUGUCAGUUCUCACUUUGGAAGCCAUGAAAGUGGAUGCCUGUCCUAUUAUCUCUUUCAAAUUCUGUAUUACUGUUAUUCUUCUCAUCUUUACCUAUUACCUAUCACCUUUUCUACUUAUGACUAUAACUUUGUUGCUUCUAUCUUUAUGGUUGAUAUUAUUUUAUUUAGUUUCCUAGUAUUUAUGUUGAUUGCUUAUUUAGUAGCCUAUGACUGUCACUAAGUGUUGUAUCUUAUGAUUUAUGAAUGUAUUUUUAUGAUGACUAUGAUCAUGAUUUAUCAGUCAUAGCUUUUAUGUACAUUGAGAUCUUAUGCACCGAAGACAAAUUCCUUGUGUGUCCAAUCCCACUUGGCCAAUAAAGAAUUCCACCCCACCCACCCUUUCAAAAGCAAAUCCCUCAACUUGGGGUCCCUUUAUGGUACUGAGACCACUGAUGCUUAGCCAGCAAGGUGACCGAGUGAUACAGAGUUAUGGGCCCAUUACCCACAAACUAAGCUGGCUUUCUUUAAUAUAGGAACCUCUGUGCAAAACCAGUUCCUCUCUUACCUAUUUGUGGGUUGCAGUUUUCUCAUUCCUGUGUCCUUACCUUUCUGUUUCUUAAUUAUAUUCUAGUUCCUCCUUGCCAUAAAUUUCCCCUUUUUAACACUUUGGAUAGAUAAUUGUAGGGGGAAAUAUCUUGCCAGGAUCAUUGUUUUGCUGGAUUUCUAAGGGAAAAGGUUAUACUGGGAAGUUGAAAAGGGGUGCUGUUUAAAUGAAGCGGCUCUGAAACGGGAAUAUGGCUGCUCCCUGUGAGACUCAGAGCUAUGUUGAAUUAGACAAGGUUUUUUCCCCCCCAUACUCUGGUCUAAUAGCAAUCAUCCAGAUGGUAAAACAGGUAAUCCUUGUCUAGUAACUGCAUUGUACAGUGACCAUUUGCAGUUACAACAGUGAUGAAAAAUUAUCUUUGGAACCAAUCACAUUUAUCACAUUCGCAGGUCUGUAAAGCAAAGAAAAACUGGCAUAAGAUUCCAUCUUCUGCCUGCCACCUUUCUUUUCGGCUGCUGCUCACGAUGAAGAAAAACCUACGGAAAAACCAGGAUGAACGUUACCGCCUGAAGUUUCAGCGUCUUUGCCGCGUGGCCAAGGUGCUGGUUUACGAGAAUGCAGCCUUGUGCGAUGAAAUUGCCCGGCUGGAGGCCAAAUACUUGCAGGUACGUGAGGAGCGCCGUUUCCUGCUUACUCGCCUGUUGCAAGCACAAGCCCUGGCUGAGGACGAAUCUUCCACACCUGCUGUGGCAGCCAGCCUGCAACCUUCCCCAGAUGAGCUGCCAACUCGCAAAGUACGCCGGGAACGCAAAGGCAAAGAGAAUGGCCGAGCAUCCAAACGCAGGGCACCCAUGGAGCUGGGCAUUCGCCGGCUGGUCCCCCCACUUCCUUUGGAUCCCACCGGACGGCCGAUUUUUCCUAUCACUUUAGGUCCACUGACCGUCUACAGUCUGGGUGACAUCAUCUCUGACCGUCCUGGUUUCCACACGGAGAAUGCCAUCUACCCUGUGGGAUAUUGCAGUACCAGGGUUUUUGCCAGCACCCGCAGGCCAACUCACCGCUGCCUGUACACCUGCCAGAUCAAGGAUGGGGGCACCGGGCCACACUUCGAAAUUGCCCCUGAGGACGAACUGGGGGUUGUAAUAACAGGAUCCACCCUGGAUGCCUGCCAUGGUCAGCUGUUGGAAGCAGUAGGUGCUGGCCAGCUCGAGCCAGUAGGGGCUGAAUUCUUUGGGCUGUCGCACCCCGCAAUCCAACACCUCAUCCAGAGCUGCCCGGGAGCACACAAGUGUGCUGGGUACCGUUGGUGCCGCUUUGAAGUCUGUCGUCCGAACGAUGGACCCCCUCCUGAGGGGCUGUCUCCAAAGAAUCCAGGCACUGAUUUUGAGGCGUUCCAGAGUCAAGGUUUGGCCAGGUCUCUGAAUCUAGAUUUUCCUGCGGCUUCUCCUUCUCCACCCAGCGGAAAUGGCUACACUGAACUUUUCCUGCCUUGUGCUACUUCAGCCGAGUCCCCUCUCCCUCCAAGUCCAGAAACUGACCCUGAUUGAGAACAGCCAGAAGGUAGCUUUUCAGGUGCUCCACCCUUUCUUUCUAGCUCCUCUGUGUGGGGAGCAGUAUUGCCUGAUAUCACUAGAAUGGGCUUGAUUGAAAUUUUCAGAAUUUUUUUUCUCUAUCUUUCUGUUUACAGUGGCUCCAAGCACCUGCUUUAUUUCUUAAGCUUUCUGCAGGAACAGUAAGAAUAGAAGUAAUUUAAAAACUACUAAAUUGGGGGAGAUCAAGGCUUUGAAAGAGGGCUAUGGAAUUUUUCAGCUCUGCAGUUCACAAAGUUUUGGAGCCGUCAACCCCUCUACACCCCCCCCCAAAAAAAGAUACAAGAUUGCUUCAUUUUGCAAAAUCAUUGAUAUUGUGGCUUUAUUUUAGAAGCAGCCACUCUCAUUUCCAGUUCACUUACCCUGGAGUAGUAUUUGUUCUGUAGAGGAGCAGCUACAGAAGAUCUUGACUUUGUCAUUAGCUCAUCCAAAGUGGGAACCAGUUUGGAGGACAGUCCAGCUUCUUGUACAGAAAUUCAUGUGCUAAAGCCUUUUUAAACCACACUCCCCCUCUGCCUGGAUAAACAAGCUGUUGUCUUGUCCAGGUGUACCAGGAGCAAAGACUGCUACACAUGCAUAAGCUCCAUUCCGAAUUUGCUACCCUCUAUAGCAGGGGCAGACAACUAUGACCUAUAGAAAACUCAGGAAUUCUGGGAGUUGAAGUCCACAAGUCAUAAAGGGGCCAUAGUUGUCUAUCCCUGCUUUACAAGUAAUCCUCAUUUAAAAACCCUAACCGGGACCAGAAAUUAAAUUGCUAAGUGAUGUGGCUGUUAAGCAAAACAUCACAUGACCACACCACUUAGCAAUGGAAUUGUUCAGUCCUAGUUGCAGGUCAUUAAGUGAGGACCGCCCACUUUUCCUGCCCUGUGUUCACCUCCACUUCAACUCCCCCCUGCCAUCUAUCUCACCCCAAUCACUGCCUUUGUAGACACCCUGCACUCCACUGCUUGUACCUGCUACCUCAGCUGACCAGUGUCUUCCUCCCACUGCCAAUGGCAGCUGCUGAGAGAUCACAGGAAGAAGAGAAGCAGAGGAAAACCAAAAAAGGCAGAGAUGGAAGAUAGGAGGAUGGGGGAAACUAAAGUGCACCCUGAGGUCAUAAAUGCAGCUGGGCUGCCAAAUAAUUUCGAUCAUGUGAAUGCAGGGGUGCUGGAGUGGCCAUAACUUCAAGGACCAAGCAUAAAUACCAUUCAUUUAAUACCAAUGGAACUUUGAACUGUCACUGAAUGAAUGAUUGUUAAGUGAGGAAUACUGGUAGUAUUUGUUUGUGACUGCAGGAAGUUACAAUUCAGUCUGAGAAUCCUACCUUAAGGCAAUACAUCCAGUGAUAUAAAUUAUAACAUCUGAAGUCAGGGAAAGUAUACAACCACACAUGUUCUGAUACUAGAAACUGAACUUUCAUUUUGAUCCCAAACAGCCAGAGAAUUACUUGGUAACCAUGUGAGAUGAGGCGAGAUGGAAUGCAUGUAGCCUAUAGCUUACUAACCCCUGGAGUACAGUCGGGCAUGUCAGGGUUUUUAAAAAAAAACAAAAACCCAUCUGGCUAUUAAGUGAACAUCUAUUCUGCUUGUUGAAUUUUCCUGCAGCUGGGCUGGCAAUUGGUGUCAAAAUACUUCCAUUAUAGACUGAUUGAAAAAGUAAUAAUGUUAGAUCAUGUCUUGUGUUCUGUUUAGGCAUCAAUUAACAUGUAGAACUUCUCUUUCUCUCAGAAUCUUCAAAUGAGUGUAUCAAAGAAAAACAGUUUUUGUAAAUUGUGUUCGUGUGUGUGAUGCUCAUUAGGCAAAGAUAUGAUAAACCCUAUGCUAAUAUUGUAUUAAGAUGCCUUCUUCUUGUAACUGAGUGUUUUAACUGUGCCGUUUUGUAAUGUAUAAAUGCUAAUAGACUAGCAAUUAAAUUACAAGUCUUCCUAUACUUUUUCCAUUGUAUAUUAGGAAAAAAAGGUAGAAUGUUUCAAAGUAAACCAGAAGCACAUCUAUGCCAAUAUUGAGGAACCACCAUUGGUUACAGAGUUUCCAAAUUCUUACACAAGCACAUGACUGAUAUGUAUUACCAUGAUUUUUUCCUCCUGUUAUUGAUUUUUCUUAGUAUAUUAAAAAAAAUUGCCCAGAA